CGGAGCGGCAGCAGACCAGCUGGACUCCCGUCCUCUCCCGUCCUCUGCCGUCCUCUCCCGUCCUCUGCCGUCCUCUCCCAUCCUCUCCCGUCCUCUGCCGUCCUCUCCCGUCCUCUGCCGUCCUCUGCCGUCCUCUCCUGUCCUCUACGUCUGAGCAGCAGGAAGCUGAAAGAUGACCAGAGCAGCCGCGUCCCUCGUCCUGGUCCUGGUGGCCUUGUCCUCCACCUUCGCUAAAUAUGUCCCCAAAACGGGCAAGAGGAUCCCUCAGUCCCUGUCCAGAGGUUGGGGCGACCAGCUGAUCUGGGCUCAGACGUACGAGGAGGGUCUGUACUGGUCCAGGUCCAGGAACAAGCCUCUGAUGGUCCUGUUCCACCUGGAGGACUGUCCUCACAGCCAGGCGCUCAAGAAGGUCUUCGCUGACAACACCGAGCUCCAGAGGACCCUGGACGAGGACUUCGUGAUCCUCAAUCUGAUGUAUGAAACCACAGACAAACACCUGUCCCCUGAUGGACAGUACGUCCCCAGGAUCAUCUUUGUGGACCCCUCCAUGACGGUGAGAGCCGACAUCGUCGGCCGCUACUCCAACCGCAUGUACGCCUACGAACCAAAUGAUGUCAAACUCUUGCUGGACAACAUGAAGAAGGCCAAGAAGCUCCUGAAGUCUGAGCUGUGAGCAGCAGGUUGAGACGCCCUCCGCCCACGUCCACCCUCCUCCACCCUCCUCCACCCACCUCCACCCUCCUCCACCCCUCCUCCACAGCUCCUGAAGUGUGAGCUGUGAGCAGCAGGAUGAGACGCCCUCCGCCCACCUCCGCCCACCUCCACCCACCUCCAACCUGUUUGCUGUCACCAGCUGACAUGUGAAAAGCCAAGCACUGGAAGGGUCCUCUGUCUCCUGACGUGUCCCCCCUUGACUCCACCCUGAUUUCCACCCUGGUAUUAUUAAUGUACAUCCUUUGGAAUAAAAACUGAUGUGUUCAAAUGACA